AUGCAGGUGUCUCUGACACACUUGGAUGAUGCGCCCAUGCUCUUUUGCGAGCGGUGCAACAACCUCCUCUAUCCGGAAAACGACCCUUUGGAUAGGCAGAUGAGGUGGCGAUGCAACUACUGCAGGACAACUGAGGUGCAUGACGAGAAUAAACUUGUGUAUAUUCUAAACCUCAAGUUAAAGACGGGGACAACGGAGGAACUGGAGUUGUUAGCGGAAUUUGCGAACGACCCCACCGCCCAACGUGACCCCACGAAGCGAUGCCGCCGCUGCGGUGAGAAUGACGUGACGUGCUUUGUGAAUCCCCUCGGUCAGCCUCAUGAAGACAUGACUCUCUACUUUGCCUGCGCGAAUCCAAAAUGUCGUCACGUUUGGAAGAGCGGUGAAAGCCAAGAGCAGUAA